AUGGAGACGGGCAAGUUGGCCCCGCCGACACUCCAGAUCAACACACGGCAACGCGCGUUAAGCCAGGCCGACACAAUCACCUCACAAACAUCAGAUCCCUUUCGAACACCCAUAUCACCAAGUAAUGCGUCCACCAGUGGAGUAUCUACAGUCGUNUCAGAGUAUGAUGCAGCAGUCCAGCAAGAGCUGCGGGCAGAAGCCGCGUCUGAUACAGACAAUCCCUUCGCCUUUCGACCAUCACAGCUGAGCAAGCUUCUUAACCCCAAGUCGCUUGCAGUAUAUCAUGCUCUCGGUGGUCUGCAAGGAAUCGCAGCCGGCUUGCAAUCAGAUGUUCAUACUGGACUCAGUGCCGACGAGUCCACAGUGCCACGGCAUAUUUCCUUUGACGAAGCAACGAACCCACAUGCAACUCCCAAGGAAAAGACAUCGGACCGAUUACCGAGAGACGGACAGCCAUUUGAGGACCGGAUUCGUAUUCAUGGGCGAAAUGCUCUACCACCAAAGAAAGCCACUCCGCUAUGGAAGUUGGUAUGGAACGCAUACAACGACACUGUUCUUAUAAUCCUUACCAUUGCGGCUGCAAUCUCGCUGGCGCUUGGUCUCUAUGAAACAUUUGGAGCAGAGCAUCCCCCUGGCUCCCCGACACCCGUUGAUUGGGUAGAAGGCACUGCUGUUGUGGUAGCCAUAGUCAUCGUGGUUCUUGUUACGGCAGUGAAUGACUGGCAAAAAGAGCAGGCCUUUGCAAGGCUCAAUGCAAAGAAGGAACANCGCGAUGUCAAGGUUACACG